AUGGGUUAUAAAGAUAUAGAAGAUAUAGAAGAUGCAAUAGAUGAUGCAAUAUAUAAUGCUGUUGAAAAAGGUCAACUUGAAAUAUUAAAAUAUUUACAUGAAUUAGGAUAUAAAGGUACAGAAGAUGCAAUAGAUGAUGAUGGAUGGACAAUUAAUUGUGCUGCAAAAAAAGGAAACCUUGAAAUAUUAAAAUACUUGCAUGAAUUAGGGUAUAAAGGAAAUGAAAUGACAAUUAAUUACGCUGCAGAAAAUGGGUAUAAAGGUACAGAAAAUGCAAUUGAUAAUGCUGCUUUAAAUGGUCAUCUUGAAGUAAUUAAAUAUUUACAUUCUAUAGGAUAUAGAGGAACAGAAAAUGCAAUUGAUAAUGCUGCUUUAAAUGAUCAUCUUGAAGUAAUUAAAUAUUUACAUUCUAUUGGAUAUAGAGGAACAGAAUGGGCAGUUAAUUUUGCUGUAUUUAAUGAUCAUCUUGAAGUAAUAAAAUAUUUACAUUCAUUAGGAUAUAGAGGAUAUAGAGGAACAAAAUCGGCAGUUAAUUUUGCUGUAUUUAAUGAUCAUCUUGAAGUAAUUAAAUAUUUACAUUCUAUAGGAUAUAGAGGAACAGAAAAUGCAAUUACUUGUGCUGCAGAAAAUGGUCACCUUGAAGUAGUUAAAUAUUUACAUUCAUUAGGUUAUAGAGGAACAGAAAAUGCAAUUAAUUGCGCUGCAGAAUUCAUUUUCUAG